UUUAACAUUCUAUCAAGUUUGGUUUUUCUGCAGUUCGGCCUUUUAGGGCUGAAAAUAGUGUUUCUACAGAAGAAAAUAAGAAGACCACCAUACCUUCUGACCGGAUUUAGUGGAGAUGUUAUCAGCCUCACUGAUGUGUUCGUGGCACUGAGGCGGAUUGACGAACACUGUUUGUGUGAAGUCUUCAUCAUCGGGAUGUGUUCACUUCGUCUUUAAGGAGACUUGAGGUCAGACUGAGUAAUGGAUCAGUCAGUGGCCAUUCAGGAGACUUUGACCACAGAAGAAAACUGCGUGAUAGCAGUGGAGUGUGUGUCGAUGCUGGAGGGUGUGAAGAACAGCAGACUGCUGGGGCUCGUGCACCACAACAAUGAACACGCGAUAUUUAUAUAUUGCCACAGAAGAAUGCCCAUCACUGGAGAUGAUGUCACACUGGAUGACAUCGUUCCCAUUUCAUAUGACUUUUCAGUUGUUGAAGUUUCAUCUCCAGAUGAGUUGGCUGUGCUCGGUGCAGACACUCGUGUGCGAGUGACGUAUUUAACUGAAGAGUUGGAGCUGAGGUUGCCUUUCGGUUCCCAAGCGCGUCUCUUUCUCAGUGAAGUCAACCGGGCGUGGAGUGAUGCCUGUGAGCAGUAUCCAGAGGUAAAACCUAAAUUCGAUUGGCUCGCCAAGUAUCGAAAGGUGUCGAAAGGGGCAAGAUCAUUAAGAAAGUCUUUACCAUCACUUACGUCAAGAUCUUCUGUGAUGAGUCGUAGUAAGAGAUCAGAGAGAUCACGCACAGACGACAAACAGGAGCAGAAGAGCAGAGACGGUCUGCAGGAAAGUCAGGAUCGAGCGAGGGGUGAUGUGAGAGAUGAGCAGAUCCGACCCACUCAGCCCGUGCUGUCAAACAAAGAUCAGAUGCUGGGGAUGCCGCAGUUCGGCCUGCGUGAUAACCUCAUCAAAUGUGAACUGCUUAAAAAUGAGGACGUCUACACCUACAUCCAGAACUACAGCUUUUUCCUGGGCACCUACAAUGUAAACGGCCAGAAUGCAAAGGAAAGUCUUAGUCCGUGGCUGGGAUCCACAUUAAACCCUCCAGACUUUUAUCUCGUGGGGUUUCAGGAGCUGGAUCUCAGUAAGGAGGCGUUCCUCUUCAAUGACACGCCUAAAGAACCCGAGUGGAUGUUAGCCGUCUACAAGGGCCUUCAUCCAGAUGCCAAGUACGCUUUAGUGAAGCUGGUGCGGCUGGUGGGCAUCAUGCUGUUGAUGUACGUGAAGGCCGAGCAUGCAGCUCACAUCUCUGAGGUGGAGGCCGAGUGCGUUGGGACGGGCGUCAUGGGGCGGAUGGGUAAUAAAGGUGCCGUCGCCAUUCGCUUCCGCUUCCAUAACUCGGACAUCUGCGUGGUGAACUCUCACCUGGCCGCUCACACAGAAGAGUUUGAGAGACGCAAUCAGGACUUCAAGGACAUUUGCCGCAGGAUGCAGUUCGACCAGCAGGACCCGGCGCUUCCUCCUCUCACCAUCAUGAAACACAAUGUCGUGUUGUGGCUGGGCGAUCUAAACUACAGAAUCAGCGACCUAGACGUUGAGCACGUGAAGGACUUGAUAGCAAAAAAGGAUUUUGAGAGUCUUUACAAUCAUGACCAGCUGAAGAGACAGAUGGAUGAGGAGACCGUGUUUGUGGGCUUCACUGAGGGAGAGAUUAACUUUCAGCCCACUUAUAAAUACGACACAGGCUCAGAUCAGUGGGACACAAGUGAGAAGUGUCGAGUCCCAGCGUGGUGUGACCGUAUCCUGUGGAGGGGAAAGAACGUCAAACAGCACCGCUACCAGAGCCACAUGAGCCUGAAGAGCAGCGAUCACAAGCCUGUCAGCUGUCUGCUGGAGAUAGGGAUCAAGAUGGUGAACGAGGAGUCUUACAAGAGAAAGUUUGAGGAGAUUGUGCGAUACAUUGACAGGCUGGAGAACGAUUGUAUUCCCUCUGUGUCUGUGUCUCAGAGCGAGUUUCAUUUCAAGGAUGUCAAGUUUAUGCAGAAUCUUCAGACGGUGACGGUGUGCAAUGAAGGACUGGUGCCGUGUCAGUUUGAGUUCAUCCAGAAGUUGGACGAGCCUGCGUACUGUAAGCCCUGGUUAACAGCCAUCCCCGCCAAAGGCUUCCUGGCCCAAGGUGCCAGCGUGGACAUCGACCUCGAGGUGUUUGUGAACCAUUCCACAGCUCCGGGACUGAACUCAGGCCAGCAGCAGCUGGAGGACAUCCUGAUUCUUCAUCUGGAGAGAGGGAAAGACUACUUCAUCUCCAUCACCGGCUCAUAUCUGCCCAGCUGCUUCGGCUCUUCUCUCAGUACCCUGUGCCUGCUGAGAGCGCCUAUCCAGGACAUGAACCUGGACACCAUCAGAGACCUGAUCGUGAAGUCAAAGAGCAAAGCGAGCGACUCCGAACCUCAAGAUAUCCCAAAGGAGAUCAGGAUGAUGGUGGACCAUCUCUUCCGUUAUGCCAAAAAACAGGAGGAUCUGUUUCAGCAGCCCGGCCUGCGCACCGAAUUCCAGGAGAUUCGUGAUUGUCUGGACACGGGCAGCUUAGACACGCUCCCGGGGAGUAACCAUUCAGUGGCUGAAGCCCUCCUGCUGUUCCUGGAGGCUCUUCCAGAGCCCGUCGUCCCGUUCUCCUUCUACCAGCAGUGCAUAGAGAGCUGCUCGGACAGCAGCCAGUGCAGACAGAUCAUUUCUGUUCUACCUCAGUGCCAUAAAAAUGUGUUUAACAAUUUAACAGCCUUUAUUCAAGAACUGUUGAAGCAUUCUGCACACAAUCGUCUGGACAUCAAUAUUCUAGCCUCUGUUUUCGCGGGUCUUUUGCUGAGGUCACCCACAAAGCAAGACCUUGUAGAGAAAAGGAAGGCCAGGGAGUUUUUCCAGCAUUUUUUAGUCCUGAGCCCCUCUGAUGGUGGACUUCAUGAUGAAUUAUGUGGAUAAUGUUUUAUAUACAUUUAGUUUUUUUCAUUCUUUGUGUAAUUCAAAGCAUUUUUAACCGCUUUUAAAACAAAUGUGUUUUAUUCAGAACCAGUUGAGGGACUAAUUAUUUAAUUCAAUAUAUUUCUAUUUUGAUGUUUGUAAAUACCACACAGCUCUUCUUUUAUAUUAAAUAUGACCAUGAUUGUAACAUUUGAUGUUUGCCUGUAUUAUUUUUAAAUAAUUGCACAUAUUGAAAGGUUAAAUAAAAUAAUUUAAUUGAAAAUUGAA